CGCCGCGCCGCCGCCAUGGCCCUGGUGACCCUGCAGCGCUCGCCCACGCCCAGCGCGGCCUCCUCGUCGGCCAGCAACAGCGAGUUGGAGGCUGGCAGUGAUGAAGACCGCAAGCUCAACCUCAGCCUGAGCGAGAGUUUUUUCAUGGUGAAAGGAGCAGCCCUCUUCCUGCAGCAGGGGAACAGCCCUCAGGGUCCUCGGAGUCUGCAGCAUCCCCGCAAACAUGCAGGUGACUUGCCCCAGCAUCUUCAAGUGAUGAUCAAUCUGCUGCGUUGUGAAGACAGAAUCAAGCUGGCUGUGCGUCUGGAGAGCGCCUGGGCAGAGCGCGUUCGCUACAUGGUGGUGGUGGACAGCAGUGGGCGCCAGGACACAGAGGAGAGCAUCCUGCUGGGAGUCGACUUCUCCAGCAAGGAGAGUAAGAGCUGCACCAUCGGCCUGGUGCUCCGCCUCUGGAGUGACACCAAGAUCCACCUGGACGGAGACGGGGGCUUCAGUAUCAGCACAGCAGGGAGGAUGCACGUCUUUAAGCCCGUCUCUGUGCAGGCCAUGUGGUCGGCCCUGCAGGUUCUGCACAAGGCGUGCGAGGUGGCCCGGAGACACAACUACUUCCCUGGGGGUGUGGCCCUCCUCUGGGCUACCUACUAUGAGAGUUGCAUCGGCUCCGACCAAAGCUGCCUCAGCGAGUGGACAGCCAUGCAGGGCCUGGAGUCCACACGGCCUGACUCGCCAGCUCUGUUCGUGGACAAGCCUACUGAAGGGGAGAGGACCGAGCACCUCAUCAGAGCCAAACUGCGGAGCAUCAUGAUGAGCCAGGACCUCGAGAACGUCACCUCCAAGGAGAUCCGGAACGAGCUGGAGAAGCAGAUGAACUGCAACCUGAAGGAAUUCAAGGAAUUCAUCGACAACGAGAUGCUGCUCAUCUUGGGCCAGAUGGACAAGCCCUCUCUCAUUUUUGACCACCUUUACCUCGGCUCUGAGUGGAAUGCAUCCAAUCUGGAGGAACUGCAGGGCUCAGGUGUCGAUUACAUUUUAAAUGUCACUAGAGAGAUUGACAACUUUUUCCCGGGCCUGUUCGCUUAUCACAACAUCCGCGUGUAUGACGAAGAGACCACAGACCUCCUCGCACACUGGAAUGAGGCCUAUCACUUCAUCAACAAGGCCAAGAGGAACCACUCUAAGUGCCUAGUGCACUGUAAGAUGGGUGUGAGCCGCUCUGCAUCCACAGUCAUCGCCUACGCCAUGAAGGAGUUCGGCUGGCCCCUGGAAAAGGCCUACAGCUACGUGAAGCAGAAGCGCAGCAUUGCACGGCCCAACGCGGGCUUCAUGCGGCAGCUCUCUGAGUACGAAGGCAUCCUGGAUGCCAGCAAGCAACGGCACAACAAACUGUGGCGCCCGCAGCCAGAGCACAGCCCCCCACUGUCUAGUGAUGGCUCCAUGGGGCCCGGAGACUUGGGCCUGGGGAGCCCUGAUGGUGCCCUGGAGGCCCCAGAUGCUGCCCCCCAGCCCGGACUCCCCAUAUGGACUCGACACCCCUACUGUUUCCGACGGCUUUCGGACCCCCUCCCACACUUCCCCGAUGAGGAGCCCGAAGGCUCCGACCCACUGGACACGGCGUGGGACGAGGUGCCUAGACCCCCCGGCCAGCCACCGCCUGAGAAGGAUGUGAAGAGGAAAUUGGAGUUCAGGAGCCCCAAGGCCCAGACUGGCUCCUUGGCACUGGCAGAAGAGCCAGAGCGGGGGCCCUCGGGGGCCGGGAAGUGGGGCAGGUCCCCUGCGCUGCUGCCUGACCCCAGCCCGCUGGACCGGGAGAACCUCAAUAACAACAAUAGCAAGAGGAGCUGCCCCGAGGACUUUGAGCACGACGCUAUUUUUGGGAUCCUUCACAAAGUGAAGCCUUCCUACCGAUCCUGUGCUGAAUGCAUGUACCCAGCCGCCAGCCGGGCCUCUGAGAUCCCAAGGGAGCAGGGCCCAGACCCUGGGACCCCAACCAUCUGCACUCAGCCUACCUUCCUGCCUCACCUUAUGUCUUCGCCCGUGGCCCCAGCAGGGCGCCCUGGAACUCUGGCCUCGCUGCCGACAGAUCCACGGAGGCCAGACCUGGGUAGAGCUGGAGCCACUGCAGAGUUGCCCAUCACCUCCUGCCUCGUGGAACCUUCCCAAGAGACCCCGAAAGUCCCGCUUCCCAAGUGCACCCCUCUGAAGAACCCCCACGGCGACAAGAGUCCGGAAAUGGUGGAGAAAGAGGACUUGUCAUCAUUAUCAUCGUCCAUGUCUCUAUCCCCUAAGAGGGACCCGAGGGCGGCCAGGGAGCUACGGCUGCUGCUGGGGAAGGAGGCAGAGAGGCCAAGCACCAGCAGCUACCGGAUGCAGCACCAGGAAUCCAUCCUGCAGCUGCAGAAGGCAGGUUUGGUGCGCAAACACACCCAGCAGCUGGAGAGGCGCCAGGGCAUACCUGGGGAGCCCGCCACACCCCUGUCUGCCCUGGUCCCUGCUCACCACCAGGACGCCAGGCUGGGGGUCGCCAGCAUCCCCGAGGAAGAGGCAGUGCCAGACCCGGAGAGCCCUGCACCACCACCAACGCUGCUCUGGCGCCCGGACCACCCAGCCCACAGCCCCAGAGACCUCCUGAAGCCCACCUGCUGCACACCCACCUCAUCCUCACGCAGCUCCAACCUGACCCGGAGCUCCAGCAGUGACAGUCUACACAGCGUCCGCGGCCGGCCAGGGCUGGUGCAGCAGCGUGCACAGGAGAUCGAGACCCGCCUGCGCCUGGCCGGCCUCACCGUCUCCUCGCCCCUCAAGCGUUCACACUCGCUCGCCAAGCUCGGGAGCCUCAACUUCUCCACGGAGGACCUGGCCAGUGAGGCCAACGGUUCCACCCUUGCCACCGAUUUGCAGGACUCACACGCUGCUACUGCUGUUGCCACCGCCGCCGCCGCCACACUGGACAGGGAGCCCUUCCCGACUGCCCCAGUAGGGAAGAUUGUUCCCAGACACUCUAAGAGCCCUGUGCCACCACAGGCGGGCAAAAGCUGACCUGAGGCCCCCUCCCAUUGCACCCUGCCUAGUUCACCAGGGGGAUCCCCAGGGACCCCGCAUCAGGAUGUCUCUUGCACCCACACCCACUUCUUGCCAGCGAGGUGAGCAGGAGGAAGAGGAGCCUAUGGAGGAAGUGACACUCCCUGGCACCAAGCACAGGACCACAUGGAAGCCACCAGCUUUGCCACUAAUGCACCCGCCACGGG